GGCUGCAUGAGGUUGAUGCUGCUUUGCUGCACCUGGAGGGACGACCCCAUGGGAGAGGACGAAGGAAGUGACCUGCCAAUAUGUGCCAGUUGCAGCAACAGCAUCUACGACGGUCAAUACUUGCAGGCCUUGAACGCCGACUGGCAUGCCGAUUGCUUCAGGUGCUGCGAAUGCGGAGCCUCGCUCUCGCAUCAGUACUACGAGAAGGAUGGCCGUCUCUACUGCAAGAAGGACUACUGGGCUCAGUUUGGAGAGCUGUGCCACGGGUGCUCGGAACAGAUUGCCAAAGGGCUCGUCAUGGUGGCCGGAGAUCAGAAGUACCACCCCGAGUGCUUCAGCUGCCUGAACUGCCAGACGUUCAUUGGCGAUGGAGAUACAUAUGCGUUGGUGGAACGCUCCAAGCUCUACUGCGGGCACUGUUAUUACCAGAUGGUGGUAACGCCAGUGAUGGACCAGCUGCUGCCAGAGUCACCAGGUAUCCGGAUCCCGCACACGGUCACCCUCGUCUCCAUCCCAGCCUGUUCCGACGGUAGACGUGGCUUCUCGGUUUCCAUUGACCAGCACAACGGUUCUGAGCACCCCCAUACUGUGCGAGUCCGAGAAUUGGACCCGGAUUGCAUAAGCCCUGAUAUGAAGAACUCCAUCCACGUUGGCGACCGCAUCCUGGAGAUCAACGGCACGCCCAUCCGGCACGUCCCUCUGGAUGAGAUUGACUUGCUAAUCCAGGAGACCAGCCGCUUGCUGCAGUUGACCAUCGAACACGACCCCCACGAGAUUCUGGAGAACAGCCCCCUCUCGGAGCUGCACAGCCCCCUCCGCUCGCCCAGCUGCACCCCCUGCCCGGAACCAGCAGCCAUUCGCCAGCGAUCUGUCAUGCGCAGCUGCAGCAUCGACAAGUCCCCGUGCUCCAGUUCCCUGAGCUCCCCUGCCUCCCAGCGGAAGGACAUCGGCCGCUCUGAAUCUCUGCGAGUUGUCUCACGCCUCCACCGCAUCUUCCGCCCCUCAGACCUCAUCCACGGCGAGGUGCUGGGCAAAGGCUGUUUCGGGCAGGCCAUCAAGGUGACUCACCGGGAGACCGGAGAGGUGAUGGUCAUGAAGGAGUUGAUCCGUUUUGAUGAGGAGACCCAGAGGACAUUCCUGAAAGAGGUGAAGGUGAUGCGGUGUUUGGAGCACCCCAAUGUGCUGAAGUUUAUUGGGGUUCUCUACAAGGACAAACGGCUGAACUUUAUCACCGAGUACAUCAAGGGGGGGACGCUGCGUGGAAUCAUCAAGAACAUGGACAGUCAGUACCCCUGGAGCCAGAGGGUCAGCUUUGCUAAGGACAUCGCUGCUGGAAUGGCUUAUCUUCACUCCAUGAACAUCAUCCACAGAGAUCUCAACACACACAACUGUCUUGUGCGAGAGAACAAGAGUGUGGUCGUGGCAGAUUUCGGCUUGGCUCGGCUCAUGGUAGACGAGAAGAACCAGCUGGCCAGUUUGAAAAAGCCUGACCGUAGGAAGCGGUACACGGUUGUGGGGAAUCCAUACUGGAUGGCUCCUGAGAUGAUUAACGGCAGGAGCUAUGAUGAGAAAGUGGACAUCUUCUCUUUCGGCAUCAUCUUAUGUGAGAUCAUUGGUAGGGUCAGUGCAGACCCUGACUACCUGCCCCGAAACCUGGACUUUGGCCUCAACGUGCGGGGCUUCCUGGACCGCUAUUGCCCUCCUACGUGUCCCCCCAGUUUCUUCCCUAUCGCUGUCUGCUGCUGUGACUUGGAUCCCGAGAAACGACCCUCCUUCAGCCGGCUGGAACAGUGGUUGGAGGCGCUCCGCAUCCACCUGGCCAUGCAUCUCCCAUUGAGUUCGCAGCUGGAGCAGUUGGACCGAACCUUCUGGGAGACUCACUGCCGAGCUGACGGAGGGCUGCCUGUCCAUGCAGAAGUAUCCGAAUGAGCGGGGCGGAGAUUGACAUGCUGCACUGAGCCCCCAUGUACCUGUACGUGUGGCGAAGCAAAGGAGGCCACCUCGUGCCGAGCAACCUCUGUGAACGGCGUGCAGUUCACCUGCCGGAGCUGGUCUCUAAGUCUGAAGAGGCAUACAGGAUUCUGCAUCAGCGGGAGCUGGCUCUCCCGGCUUCCUUCCAGAGCAGUUGGGAAGAGGGGGGGGGGUUCUGUGCCUGGCAUGCACAGAACACGUCAGAGGCAUCCUGGGCUCUUGUAAAUACUCCUGUGAAUAAAUCUAACUCUCCCCUGCAAAUCCUGCAGCAGAGGAAAGGGGGUGACGCUCAUCCCAUGUAGCUCAAAGCUGUGAGGCUCGGUGGAGACCGUCAGUGUCCUUCUCGCAUGCUUUGUGGUUGCAAAAAAGCCUUUGCACACUCCACUGAGCAUGUGUGUCUCCGUCACUGGUUAGCUGCUGCUCGUAAUCGGAUGGGAGGGGGUAGCCCUGGGUGCUCCUUCCCGCCACACACCUCUCUACCCCGCGACUGACCCUUGUCCUACAAAGUGGUGCCUUGGGUUUAUGUGAACUUGCAUUGCUGCACACCAGAGAUCUUUGGCCUCCCCACUUCACCGUCCUCUGUGUUGGUCGCGUCUGUGAAAAUGCAAGUGCGUGCAUGCCUGGCCUGUGCUCUUCUGUCUCUCUGCCCAUUUGCGUGGGUUUCGGUGUGUGCGCUCAUCUUCCUGGCCACGUUAUCCCACCUUUGUGUUCUGGCCAUUGUGGGAACUGCACACUGUGCACAAUAUGUGUGUAAUAAAAGCCUAAGGGAAAAGCAGCGUCCAGAGGGAG